CCCUUUUUUUAUUUCUCAUUACUUUUUAUUUUUCGUCCUUUAUUUCACCUCUUAUAUUAAACCUCAACCAAACUUGCACUAUUUUCACUCUUUUAUUUUAUAUUCAUUCGAGUUUCCCUGCAUUGAAUGAGCUCCAUGCCAUCCCGUUACUCAGAGAAACCAAUGGCGAAUGCACCCUACUCGGCCGUCGCGCGGAAUAGCCAGGAGACCGGCCGUGUGCAUUUCAACGCCGACCACCGCGAUUCUGAGUCUGCUGCCGAUAUCGAAGACAACGACAUCUUUGACAGCUCCGCGAACACCAUCGAUGCCAUGGAGGUUGCCGACAACGACACCCUUUACUAUGGCAUGAGCCUGGGAACCCGCCGCAAGCUGCACAAGGGUCGUGGGUUCUGGAUCACUGUCAUUUCGCUGGUUCUGGUCUCAGUGGUGGGCAUGUUUUGGCUUUACUUUGACGGAAUCAGCUGGACGCAGCAAUCCAAGAAGCGCAACGUAAUUCUGAUGGUCAGCGACGGCUUUGGACCAGCCUCCGAGACCAUGGCGCGCAAUUUUGUGCAGCAGAUCAAGGGCCUGCCCAUCGGAUAUCAGAGCCCACUGGACGAGAUCCUCGUUGGGUCCUCGCGCACACGCUCAAGCGACUCUCUGAUCACUGACUCUGCAGCCGGAGCCACAGCAUUCUCUUGCCAGCUGAAGACAUACAACGGGGCGAUUUCGGUCACGGACGCAAAGACACCAUGCGGAACAGUGAUGGAGGCGGCCAAGCUCCAACGCGGGAUGGCCACGGGGCUGGUAGUCACCAGCCGCAUUACGCACGCAACGCCGGCUGCCUUCUCGGCACAUGCUGCGAGCCGCAAUAUGGAGGACCUGAUUGCAGAAUAUCAGGUGGGGAAUUACUCACUCGGGCCUAUUAUGGACCUGAUGCUGGGCGGCGGCCGGUGCCACUUUAUGCCCAACACAAAACCCGAGUCCAGUUGCCGCCUGGACAACCGCGAUCUGUGGGCGGAGGCCAAGGCCACCGGCUACCACACGCUGAGCACACGCAAGGAAUUCGAUGCCCUGGAUAUUGACCGUAAUGCCAAGGAGCAGCCAUCGCUGGCCGAGAUGGCCGAUAAGGCGCUGGGCAUUUUGAACACAGCAACGAAGAACAAAAAUGCGGGCUUCUUCCUGAUGAUCGAGGGCAGCCGCAUUGACAUGGCCGCGCACACUAACGAUCCCGCUGCGCAUCUCCGCGACAUUGUUGCGUAUUGGGACGCAGUCUCGGUAGUGCGCAAGUUUGUCGACGAGCACCCGGACACCGUUCUGAUCAGUGUUUCAGACCACGAGACCGGCGGCUUCUCCGUUGCCAAGCAGCUGACACCACAGUACCCAGAGUACGUUUGGAACCCGCGCGCGCUGGAACCCGUCCAACACUCUAUCGAGUACAUGUCAGCACAGCUUUUGAAGCAAAUGGACGGCAGUGACCAAGAGGCCAAGUAUAAGUUUGUUCGGGAUACGGUGUUCCCCAAGUGGUUUGGCGCCAAGGAUGCCACGCAUGAGGAGAUUAUGAAUAUUGCUGCAGAGACCGACUCGGUUGUUCUGCGCCAGCUGCUGAGCAAUGCUAUUUCCAACCGCGCGCAGAUCGGAUGGGCCACCCAUGGACAUAGCGCGGUGGACGUCAACCUGUAUGCCUACGGUAAUGGUGCGGAGAAGCUGAAGGGUAACCAUGAAAACACAGAGAUUGGCAAGUUCAUCGUUGAUGUUUUGGGAUUGGAUCUCGAAUCUGUUACGACCAAGAUUAGAAGCGAGCGCGUGUUCCAGGCGACGCAGCCAAUCAAGGAGGCAUGGCUGGGACGCCGCGACCUUGAUGCGCCCGAGCACUACCACUAGUUUUUUUGUAUCUUGUCAUCCCUUUUUUAGAAGUAUUUUAUUUACAUUCAGUAUUUGUAUCUUUCAA